UGUGGCACAGCUUUGCGACGCAGUUACCGGGUCGCACAACAAUCGGAGGGCGGUGUGGAUUGGGAAGCUGAUUUUGCCAAUGGAGUAGCAGCCAAGGUAUCAUCUAACCAAAUUUGUUUCACGAUGUCAUGGGUUUAGUGGCAAUUACCAUGAAACCAUUAAGUUAUUUUUUCUCUCAGUCACUCUGACUCCCCCAAAACAUGGAAGCAAACAUGCUUCCUUGGAAGCACUCUACCUGACUUCCUUUUUGGCAGCCAGGCGGUGAACUGCACUUCCGUGUGAAGUCUUCCACUCAGCCAGCGGAAGACAGGCCAUGGCCAUGUUGACCAGGUCUGGACCAAAGAGGUGCAAGAACUGGACCGAAGUGUCAGUGGAAUCCGUAUGAUCCGUGCAGAAGUGCCUGAUCCAUGUGCUUCAUGUAUGUAUAUAUGUAUAUGUGUAUUUUCAGUGUCUCACUAGAAUCUCAUUAGACUUGCUCAGUAUAAUUAGUAUAGUUACCCUAGUUUGGGGGUAGGCUUGAAGGAUACUUUUCAUUGGACCCUCGUCUACAUGAUUGUGGCAUUUGUCCUACCCCAACGACUGAUUGAAUCCUUCAAAACCAGGCUAUUUUUGCACCAGUUCCACUGCCAUGUUUCACUUCCGCGAAAAACCAAACAGAAAAUGAACGAGAUAUGGCCGAGUUUUAGGUGCAUCGGGGAGUAUUGUUUGCCAAAACUAUGUCCAUGCAGAUUCCAUGCUAGCUGCUAGCUUAAACUGGAGGAACAUGUCAUCAAGAUCUCAGCACCUUCCCAAUUAAUGAUGAGCAAUCCUGAUCCUCAUCCUCCUUCCGCAUCCAAGAGAACUCCCAACUCUCGGAUCCUGCACUGCCAUUCUACAAAACACGUGUCCGGCACCAGUUUCACAGAUUCCACACAAACUCAGGCCUUGGUGCUUUGCUCUUAUCGCCUCUUGUACUCGAAGGUCUACCGCCACCGUCUCCAGCAGCUGGCCGGCCUCGCCCUCGCCGUCGAGACCACCGACCAAGCCACGACUGAGACCGGCCCAGUGGAUCUGCGGAGCCUGCGGCGGAACACGCGGCGGUUUCGCGAAGAUGUGAGGUCUUUGCUUUGGGGUGAGGAGAUCAAUGAUCCCUCACAGCUCAGCUUCCCUGUGCUGGAGCAGCUUUGGUGGAGGAGAAUCGUUUUGGAUGAGUUCCAUGAGUUGGAGGCCAUGGGAAACACGGCCCAGUUCGAGUCCCUGCGCAGCAUCCAUGCGCACUAUCGCUGGGGACUCACGGGGACGCCUCCGACACGAGACUUGUCGCAGGUGGCGACGCUCGCCCAGAUCUUCCACUUGGGGCAUUUGCCGCUGGAGGAGAAGCCUCCAAGCGCCUACCGUACAGACCUGGCUCAGGAGAUGUGCCAACACUUCUUGGAUCACUUCGCGCGCCAGAAUACCAGCGAAGAGGUGACACCGGUGCCAUUGAAGGAGCACAUCUUGGUUGUGGAUCCAACUCCAGAGGAGCGUGCCAUCUAUUUGCAAUGCUCCCGCGAUGUCUCAGAUGCUUCUGGCGCACUCACGGAUGAAGACAGGGCUGAACGCCUCAUCAAGCUUUGCUCCCAUUUCGCGGCCUACUGUGGCCUCGCAACCGCCGCAGCCGACGCGACGGGCGAAUGCCAUCGCAUCAUCUCCACCAAGCAGGAGCAUGCCAAAAAGACCUACAACGUGGCCUUGCAACGGGCCGUCCAGUUGGAACUGCUUUGGCAGAGGUUGGACGCUGCGCAGUAUCGCCACUCGGAUCAGCAGGACGUUUGCCGCUCGCUUGGCGUCGAUUCGGCCGAACUGGGAGCUGCGGGAGCUGAAGGCGAUGCCAAGGUGGCGGAGGUGGGCACCUGGACUUUGAGCCGUUCGUUUUCUUCUCCGGUGGUCUCCCUUGCGGCAACUGUUCUGCUGGAGGCCUCCAGGAUGCCGCCCGGACAGCUGCAGCGCCUCAGUGGAAAGCCGCUCGAGAUCUCUGACCUCGCGUCCGCCCGGGAGGCGGCCAAAGGCCGAAUGGUCUCCGCUGCCCAAACAGCUCUUUCCGCUCAGAGAUCGGUCGAGUUCUUCAAGCGGACCCUGGCGGCCGCCCGGGGUGAAGCCUCGGCGGAGCAGCGGUCGUGCAGCAUUUGCCUGGAGGAGGAUUUGACGGAGGACCAGCUGUCCAUCACCGUGUGCGCGCAUGUCUUCCACACCGACUGCCUCAAUGAGGUGGUGAAACACUUUGGGACCUGCCCCGUGUGCCGCCAUGGCCUGACGGGGAAGAACAAGGUCACCUCGCUGGCAGCCGAGCUUGCGCCCGCGCUGCCGGCGGUGCGCAGCGAUAAAGGCCAGAAGCGCCGGCUCAGCAGUGACACCUCGGAGACUUCCAAGAAGGCAGGAAGCAAACUUGCCGCUUUAGCAGUGCACCUGCAGAGUAUCAGUGCUGGUGAGAAAGUGCUGGUCUUUUGUCAGUGGGAAGACUUGAAGAAGCACAUCUCAGACACCUUGCAGUCCAUGGGCGUUCCCCACUUCCAGCUCAUUGGGAACCUCUUCCAACGCGCUGAGAUCCUUCGGAGGUUCCAGGAGGAAAGCCACGAAUCGGCUGUGCGUGUGCUGUUGCUUUCACUGGAGCAUGCUGCAAGUGGAACAAACCUCACUGCUGCAAAUCAUGUCGUGUUCGUCCAUCCGAUGCACGCGGCCUCACCGGAGAAGGCCGUUGCAUACGAAGCCCAGGCCAUUGCGCGCUGCCGGCGCUACGGGCAAGAGAAGACAGUGCAUUGCUGGAGGUUGGUGGCCAGGGGCACCAUCGAGGAGACGAUUACGGCCACGCAUCAGAAGGACCUCUGGCAGGAUCAUGUGGCGCGCUCUGCCCCCACCUCUGGCGGGGCCUGAGUUGCGGAGGUCCCUUGCCGCUUGCUGACUGGGCGAUGGGUCAUCCCAUGACUGGGGUGGAAUGCCUGAAUGCUACCGCUGCGAUGAAUGUUGACUGGGAUGCCAUGCUGCCCGCCAGAACAUCACAGUCAAUGAUUGGAGUUCUUGCAAGAUUCCAGGCUAGGCUUGCCAGAGGCUCCCACCGACAGACAUUUGGAAUCUCAUGGGGGCACAGGGUCAUGG